UUCCAGCUCGUGUCAUUUGGGCAGCGCCUGACCGGGACGUUGAGUUGCCUUGUGAUCUCACACCGCCAUCAAUCCACGAUUCUGUAAAAUUAGUAUUAUGGUUUAAGGAUUCCGAAGGAAUUCCAUUGUACAGCUUAGAUUCUAGGAAUGGCGGAAGUCUUAAAGCAGCAACCCACUCAGCACUCGCAGGGAUUCGAGGAGAAAGAAUGUUUUUCACAGUUGCUGAAAACCCAAAAGAUGCCAAAUUGCGAAUAAGAUCUGUUCAAGAAGCUGACGGUGGAAUUUACCGGUGUCGGGUUGAUUAUUUUAAUUCGCCAACGCGAAAUUUUCGAGUCAAUUUGACGCUUGUGGAAAAUCCUGAUGAGCCGCGUAUUUUUGAUGCGCAAGGAAAAGAGGUCACGUCCGUCGCGGGACCUUUUCGUGAGGGUCAUGAACUCUUCCUCUCUUGUUCUGUUACCGGAGGUCGUCCACCUCCGAAGGUAACAUGGUGGCGUGACAACAUCGAAAUGAUUUCGAGUGUAAGUCAUCCGUCCGCUGAUGGUGCGUCGGCUGUUGUUAACCAGUUGUUUAUUGGCACUGUAACAAGGGACUUUUAUGGCACCCGUUUGGAAUGUCGAGCUCAGGUAAAACCAAUUAAAGUAAAAAUUGUUACACCAAAUGAAUUGCUAACAGCUGGUCGUCCCACUCCGAUACGAUGUGAAACUUGGGGUUCGUAUCCACCAGCAAAAGUUACGUGGCUCAUGGAUGGUGAAGCUAUUCGGCAAGCUGAUGUAACAGUGAACAACGAAGGCGCCGAAGCUAAUUUAACCUCAAGCAUACUUACACUUAGAGUCUCAGCAGAAAACGAUGGAGCUGAGUUAACGUGUAGAUCAACGAAUCCAUGGUUUUCUAAUGGAGCGCUCGAAGACAAAAGGCGAAUAAAUCCACCCACAGUUUCAGUUCAUUUGGCAAAUGAAGAUCCAAGCAGAAACAUAACGAGAUCCGAAGGCGAAAAUGUAACUUUAAAGUGUCGAGCAGAUGCUCGUCCACCCGUUACAGCAUUCGGAUGGUUUAAAAACGGUAUGAGAAUGACAGGCGAGAAUACCGAAACAUUACAUUUGACAAUGUUGGAACGUGAAAGCGGUGGCUCAUAUGCCUGUGCAGCAUCAAAUACUGAAGUUUCACCACGUUGUAAACCAGGCACCGAGCAAAUGUCGGUUGGCGCUUUAAACAUGCAUUCAAUGCAAGUUAAAUGUGAGGUUGAAGCUGAUCCAGCAGAUUCUGUGAAGUUUCACUGGACCUACAAUAAUACGAGAAAUGUUUCACCUGUCUUAAAUUCUCGCAUUAGUUCACACGGCUUGCUUAGUGCUGUGACAUACUUGCCACAAAGUGACUCUGACAUUGUUACGCUUGCUUGUUGGGCGAUGAACUCGGUUGGACGUCAAUCCUUGCCAUGUCUCGUUCACAUCUUACCAGCACGCAUACCUGAACCACCUCGUUUGUGUGAGCUUAGAAACGAUAGUAAUUUGGAAGUCGUUUGUCAACCUGGUAACGAUGGUGGACUACAACAACAUUUCGUCCUUGAAGCACUUGGUGCUACUUCAAUGUACUUUAAUAAUUUAGAUUCAACACGUAGUACACAUGAGAUAUUAGAUAAUGAAAUAUCAACAAUGAACGACCAAGCUACAUUGGCUCCAUUAGUGACAAUUCAAGAAAAUGUGCCUCAAUUUAAAAUACCUCCGCUCGAGCCAGGCCGGGAAUACCAUUUCCAAGUGUAUGCUGUGAAUGCAAAAGGCCGAAGUGAUCCGCCGUAUAUCAUCGAACGUGUCAGAGUCGGAUCAUUAUUGUCACCAUAUGAUGAAACGAUCAUAUCGGAAGAUCCAACACCGGCUGAAACAUCAAAUCAAAAGAAUCGAAAAAUUGUUCAACAACAGCAACAUCAACAAUCGCAAAUGAUUAUUCUUGCAGCUCUUGUACUCGCAGCUGGUAUUAUAAUCACAUCAAUCAUUGUUGCUGGUUGUGUGGCGAUCUGUCGUACUCGUCGUCCAAAGCCACCCGAACCAGAAGAAGUUCGUAAGAGAAUACGACCCGCACGAAAUGACGUGCCGUCGAUGUAUGCUGAAGACGACACUGAAGACGAAUAUACUCGACAUCCAACCGAUACAAGAUGUAGUCGAGCAUCAACAAUCAGAAGCACCCGAUACGUGUCUGAAGGAUUUGUGCAGUAUUCACAACCGAGUCUGAAUGAUCCUGAUUUGAUUUUGCCUCGAGGUAGCGAUAUUGAAUUCACAAAUCUAAACAUUGGGGGAGCUUAGCACACUGAGAAACGACAUACAAAUUUAGCAAAUUAAUUAAGUCCUAUCACGUUUUUAAUAUAAAUUUAUAUGAUAAAGCACUGUAAAAAAAGGACGAGUCAACGAGGAUAGGAUAAGAGAAGGUGGAAAUAGUAAAGCAAAAAUAGAUUCCAAUCGAGAGAAUAACAAGUUUGGAGUGCUUGAAACAGAGACUUUUGAGAUUGCAACCUCUCGAACCAUCACAUCCAAACCUUAAAUCUCUCCAAGGAUGCUUUUAAAGUUUAUCACGAUGUAAAGUAGUUGAAGUAAUUAAAAACUAUAUUGAAGAAAUAAGAAAGAAUCAAAAAGCAUGUUGACUUUAAUGUUGCUAUGAAAAUUUUUAAUCAAAACAUUAAACAUCGACGCUGUCUCGUCAGAAACUUUUCUUGUGCUUUAAGUCCGUAGAAAAGUUGUUUCCGUAAGAAGAAAGU